GUGUGUGUGUGUGUGUGUGUGUGUGUGUGUGUGUGUGUGUGUGUGGGAGGAGACCGGAGUCUUCCUGAGCAAGAUAGCAGCCAUCCCGGCCUCAGUCCCUGGCUUCCUCUCUCCCUAACACCACCAGCACCACCACCACCAAUAACAUCAACCAGACAUGUCGCAGGAAGCCAAGCUGAAGGAGGCAGCCAAGGAGAGUCUUAAGCAGAGCACAGACCCACUGGAGAAGCUCCGUAAUCACUGCCUAACUCAAGGCUACGCCGGCAUUCUCUCCCUCGGAAAGCUGUUCCGUCGGCUGGACAAGGACAGAUCCUGGACUCUCUCUAAGGACGAGCUGAGCGCUGGGGUGAGCCAAUUCGGCCUCGACCUCUCCGAGGCGGACAUCAACAAGCUCUUCUCAGGUUUCGAGAAAGAUGGUCAGUCUGGCAUCAACUACGAGGAGUUCCUGGAUGCCUUGAGGCCUGAGAUGAGUGAGCCAAGGAAGGCAGCUGUAAUGGCAGUAUUCAAGCAUCUAGACAAGACUGGUGACGGCGUGGUCAGCAUAGAGGACCUCAAGGGCGUCUACUCUGCAAAGAACCAUCCCAAAGUGAAGAAAGGAGAGAUUACGGAGGAGGAAGUGCUCAAGAAGUUCCUCGGCAUCUUUGAGACAAACACCUCCGUUGACGGCAAGAUAACUAAGCAAGAGUUCUUGGACUAUUAUUCCGGUCUGAGCAAGGCCAUCGACGAGGACGAGUACUUCAUCACUGUGGUGAACAUGAGCUGGGGACUGUAAUACUCUUGCUGCCUUCCUUCCCCCAUCAAUACCCCUUCCUUCCCCGCGGUGCUGCAGGACUCCAGUGAUGGGAUGCUGAAGGACUCAUGACGCUGCAAGAAUCCAUUGAUGGGAUGCUGAAGGACUCAUGGUGCUUUAAAACAGUACUGGAGUCGUAGUCUUAGUGCUGUGGGACUCUUGGUGUGCUGAAACACUUCAUAAUGCAGGUCUUCUACUUGAAUAAUACACCAGUGGCUUAUAAUAAACACGGUUUGGACAA